CCGAUCUGAUUCGGGUGUGUUUACUUCAGUUUCGGGUGUUCGGGUGUUUCUGCUCAAAUGGUGAACCUCCUUUACAGUCGAGCUGGACUCUGCAUGUCUGGAGUCUACAGAAGACGAUUCUACGGUCUGUGUGUCUCGGGUCAGAUGUCAGUGAAUGGAGUGGAUCUGCUCUAUCAGCGCACUGGAGGCGGAAAACACACUGUACUGCUGCUGCCUGGAGCUUUAGGAAAUGCUCAGACUGAUUUUGCUCCUCAGCUGGAGAAGCUGGAUAAGCAGCGUUUCACGCUGGUGGCGCUGGACCCGCGUGGUUACGGAUGCUCUCGUCCUCCAGACAGAGACUUUCCCCCUGAUUUUUUCCACAGAGACGCCAAAGACGCGGUGGAUUUAAUGCAAGCUCUGGGUUUGAGGCGUUUCUCUCUCUUAGGCUGGAGUGACGGCGGCAUCACGGCUCUGAUCGCGGCUACGUUAAACCCCGCACUCGUUCAGAAGAUGGUGGUUUGGGGCUCCAACGCUUACGUCUCUCAAGAAGAUGUUCAGAUCUAUCAGUGUGAGACGGAGCGAGAGAAUAGCAGAGCAUAUGGGGGCACCCCGGCCCGUAGAAAAGCAAGGUCCGACCAGGGGCUGAAUAGGCGGCGACACAUCGGUUUGAUGGUGACACGAUGUGUACCGCGGCACCAUGCCCGACUCGGGAGUGUAACCGCGUGGAGAGGCGUUGCGUCUCCGAACCGCGACUUCUCGGCCACUGGCGAUACGGGGUGUCGUAGCAUCUGCAGGGAAGUGCUGCCGCUGAUCUCCUGUCCCACGCUGAUCGUCCACGGAGCCAAAGACCCCAUGGUGCCUUCAUUUCACCCAGAAUACCUGCAGCAGAACAUCAGGGCUCACAGCUCCUGUCAUUACAGAGGAAGCUCUUCAGUCUGUUUUAUCGGACGCUUUGUGUUCGUCAGGCUGCAUGUGAUGCCGGAGGGGAAGCACAACCUGCAUCUGCGAUAUUCCACUGAGUUUAACACGCUGCUGCAGGAGUUUCUGACUGAAUGAUCAGCACCUUCUGCGGUAAACAAGGACAUUACUGUGUUUGCUUCAGUCAGAGAAAUCCACUGUCUGUUGUUAUAAAUUGAUUGUGGCCAUUUUAUCACCUGUGUGUUUUCAUUUUUAAUGCAUGUUCUGUGGUGAAGAUAUUCGUGGAUGUAUACAUGUUCCUGAAUGUUUUGAUGAUCAUCAUUUUCAACAAAUCUGUG